GACAUGACAGAUAUGGUGUGAAGCAAACAGUAGGCUAGCUUAGUUACAUAUCCAGCAGAUGCUGAGCAACAUUAGCAUUCUUCUAAAGUCUUGUCUUUGGCCGUCUGAUGAAUGUAAGUCCAAUAUUUUCACUUUCCUUUUAGAUCAGGUUUGCUCUCCACUAACACCUGAGGGAAAUAUAUUUUCUCACCGCAUCUGUUUUCAGUUUAGUGUCAGGCAGGUCGUAGGCCCAUACAUCGGUUGUACAAAGAAAAAGUUGGUCGAGCUGAAGACCAUGCACUUUUCCAGGUUUCCUUUUCCUCUAAUAGUGUCAGUAUCAGCAGCAGAAGGAAGAAGUGGAGUUCUAUUCUCAAGAUGAUCCCUCACAUGGCACUGUGCAAAUUCUUUACUCUGGUUCUUGUAGGGGUUGUGGUGUUUGCUGUGAGUGGGAUCUUUGGAGACCCUCUGUAUGAAUGCCUUCAAGACACUGACUACAGUGAGCUCCUCGCCAUUGUGGAUAAAGGUCUUCCUGCCACGAAGACACCCCGUCAUGUAGCAAUCAUUGGCGGCGGAAUCGCUGGCCUGACCGCUGCAAAGUUUUUAGAAGAUGCCGGACAUAAGGUGACCAUAAUAGAAGCCAGUAACCGUGUUGGAGGACGUGUGGAGACCUUCAGGAACAAUAGAGAGGGCUGGUACGCAGAAGUGGGCGCCAUGAGGAUCCCCAGCUUUCAUAAAAUUCUACUUUCUUUUGCCUCCAAAUUACAAAUUUCUCUUAACCACUUCAUCCAAGAUGACAUCAACACCUACUAUUUGAUAAAUGGAGUGCUGCAGAAAACCACUGCUGUGGAAAACAACCCUGCUGUGCUCAACUAUAGCUUGAAUGAAAGAGAGAGGGGGAAGUCAGCUGCUCAACUCUUCAGUCAGACGCUCUGGAAGGUGAAGGAUGACCUCAAGGCAAUCGGUUGCAGCGCCAUGUUGGAUAAAUAUGAUUCAUACACAGUAAAGGAAUAUUUGGUGAAGGAGGGCAACCUGAGUCGUGGUGCCUUGAGGAUGAUUGGGGACAUCCUGAAUGAAAACAGCCUCUUCUACACUUCACUGAUCGAGAUGCUGUACAUACAGUCCGACAUCAAUGACAACACUGAGUACUUUGAAGUGACAGAUGGUUUUGAUCACCUGCCGAGGGCUUUUGACCAGAUGUUAAAUGCCACGGUCCUCCUUAACUCCAAGGUCAAGCUAAUCAAUCAAACAGGAGGCAGCAAUGUGACACUAACAUACCAGGACUGGCGUAAUUCAGGCUCCCUGACCAACAUAAUAGUGGACUAUGUCCUGGUUACAGCCACGGCCAAGGCCGCCGUCUUCAUCGACUUCCAGCCGCCUCUCUCCGGGGACAAGAUGGAGGCCCUGCGCUCAGUUCAUUAUGCCAGCUCCACAAAGGUGGUGCUCAGCUUCAGGGAGCGCUUCUGGGAGAAAGAGGGCAUCAGAGGAGGGAAGAGCGUAACAGACCGGCCUUCCCGCUUCAUCUACUACCCCAGCCACAGCUUCCCCGGUACAGAUGCAGGGGCCCUCCUGGCGUCUUACACCUGCUCAGACGAUUCCACCCUCUUCCAAGGGAUGAGCGAGGAGGAUCUGAUGGCUGUGGUCCUGGAGGACUUGGUAAAGAUCCACGGAGAGGACAUCAGGCCUCUGUGGACGGGGGGACUGGUGAAGAAGUGGGGUUUGGAUCCUUACAGUCUGGGAGCCUUCGCCCUGUUCACACCCUACCAGGGACACUACGCCAGAGAACUGUUCCAGAGUGAGGGACGCGUGCACUUUGCAGGAGAACACACAGCCAUGCCGCAUGGGUGGAUUGAAACUGCCAUGAAGUCUGCACUCAGGGCAGCUAAAAAUAUUAAUGACCUAACAGUUUAGUUUUAUGUGUAUUUGUUCCUUUACGGUCAAUCUUAUAACAUUUGUCUGACAUAUUGGUUUACAGUAUAUCCUGUGAAUACUGAUGUAUCAGUGUUAAUCUGCUCUGAUGUGAAAUAUUUCUUUUGUGUUAUGUACAUAUUUAUUGAUUUAGGUAUAUUUUAGGUACAUGUAUUGAUCAGCAGUACAAGGCUUUUCUGUCGGCGGCCUCUAAUCUAAGCAGAGUCCACAAAGAUAGCAUAAAUACAAAUGUAAUUAUUAUCUGGUCGUGAUUUGCAGGGUUUGCACCUGUUCCGAAUGUUAUCAGACCAUUAAAUGGCUGCUGUUAUCACUACUAUUAUAAUGCUUCAAACGGGGCAAACUGUAAAUUGUUGUGAAACGGUUGCAGUUUUAAACAUGUGGUUUAAUUUACAUAAGUUAAGUAUAUAACGUACAUCACAUAAGUUAUAUGAAUUGUUGACUCAUGGGACAUGAAGACCUCCUGUGUGAAAGUCCUAGGUUUGUUUGACCCGUUCAUCCACCCCGACCUUGUUCCUACACAGACUUAGUUGUUUUUAUCCUACGUCACCUGACCUCCUCUUUCGCUGCCAUCAUAAUUUCUACAGCCUAACAAUUUUGACCCUCCUGCGGUGAUUCAUCUCACCAAUAGAUGGUAACAGCCUACUGAGCCCACAGGGAGGCAGAAUGGGGCCACAGCACCUCAAAUCUAUGCUCCUAAUGACGACAGAUAACGGCCAUUUAAUGGUGUGAUAACAUUCGAAGCAGGUGGGGCUUUACUGGUUCAUGGUGUAUGUGAUGUUUCAGAGUAUAUUCAAUCAUUUUAACUCUGAAUUAGAGUUGGAAAUGAACUAACAAUUAUUUUCGAAUCCAACGUGGCGUAUGCAAAUUGUUUGUUUGAUUAAUUAGCUCUCUAUUAAUUGUCUAAUCAAUUCAACUAUACACUGAAUACCCGUAAGACUGUGUAUAUAAGCAGCAUUACAAAAUGUGCCUUUGGUUUGAAAAACCUUGAUGACUGAAGUUGAUGACUGAUUUGUAUUUCAUUACAGCUACUUUAUAUUUCAGUAACGUUAUUUGACUUUUAGG